GGAACGCCCACCCUGCGCCCGGCCGCCAACUUCAACGCGGCCGAGGACGGCGCCGCGCUGCGCGCCGCCAUGAAGGGCUUCGGCACCAACGAGCAGGCCAUCAUCGACAUCCUGACGGCGCGCACCAACGCGCAGCGCCAGGAGAUCGCGCGCUUCUUCACCACCGAGUACGGCAGGGACCUCAUCGAGGACCUCAAGAGCGAGCUCGGCGGCCACUUCGAGGACGUGAUCGUGGCGCUGGUGCGCACCCCGGAGGACUACCUGUGCAAGCAGCUGCACAAGGCCAUGGAGGGCGCCGGCACCAACGAGCACACCCUCAUCGAGAUCCUCUGCUCGCGGUCCAACUCGGAGGUGCAGGACCUCGUCACAGCGUACGAGCGCCUUUAUGACAGGCCUCUAGCUGAGCACAUGUGUGGUGAAACAUCAGGUCACUUCCGUCGUCUGCUGACACUCAUCGUCACGGGGGUGCGCUCGGAGGACGGCGGCGUCGACCCGGGCCGGGCGCGGGAGCAGGCGGAGCAGCUGUGGUCCGCAGGAGAAGGCAAGCUCGGCACGGAUGAGGAGGUGUUCAACCGUAUCUUAGCUCACGAGAGUUUUGAGCAGCUGAGGCUCAUUUUCGAGGAGUACAAGAACGUGUCCGGGAGAACGAUCCAACAAGCUAUCAGGGACGAGCUCUCCGGGGACCUCAAGGAAGCCAUCGGCACCAUUGUGGAGUGCGUGCAGAAUCCCGCGGCAUACUUCGCGGAGCGCCUGCACAAGGCCAUCGCUGGCGCCGGCACGGACGACGAGACCAUGAUCAGGAUCAUCGUGAGCCGCAGCGAGGUGGACCUGGGCGACAUCAAGCAGGAGUACGAGCGCCUGUACGAGAAGACUCUGGAGAGCGCCGUCAAGGGCGAGUGUUCUGGCGAUUACAAACGCACACUUCUGGCGCUCAUCGGUGGGCCGUGAAGUUGGAAGAUUGGGUUUUAAUUAUUUAUAGAU